UUAAGCUUAGCUAUAGCUACAUUAAUUGCACUGCGAGAAGCUAAUUAAUUAGGGCGUGAUGGCGACUUGGUCCAAGGCGUCUCUGAUCGUGGCCGCAGCCGUUGUGCUGGUCGGCCUGAGCUCGGCGAGCGGCGCGCAUGGCGGCCGCCGCGGCAGGAGCUUCGUGUCCAGCUACGGCGAGCCGUGCAAGGAGAUGAGGCUCUACCUCCACGACAUCAUCUACGACUACAGCAACAGCACGUCCAACUCCACGUCGGCGGCGGCCACCAAGCCGACGGCGCUGAGCACCGCCGUGUCGAGGAGCGGCUACUUCUUCGGCGAGGUGGUGGUGUUCAACGAUCCGGUGACGGAGGGGAAGGCGCUGCCGCCGGCGCUGGAGGAGACGGCGGUGCGCGCGCAGGGGCUCUACCUCUACGACAAGAAGGAGGCGCCCAACGCGUGGUUCGCCUUCUCCAUCGUCUUCAACUCCACGGGGCGCCACGGCACGCUCAACCUCAUGGGCGCCGACCUCAUGUCGGAGAAGACGAGGGACGUCUCCGUCGUGGGCGGCACCGGCGACUUCUUCAUGGCGCGCGGCGUCGCCACGCUCCGCACCGACGAGGCCUCGUCGGAUCUGUCCUACUUCCGGCUGCAGAUGGACAUCAAGCUCUACGAAUGCUACGCCUGAUGCAUCCAUGCGUGCAUGCAUGGUAAGAUAUAAUAUUAAACUUCACUUACGUACGUACGUUCUUGACGGCCAUGGAUCGUGGAGUCUCCUAAUUAAAUAUGUUUUUUUUGGGUGUGUUUUGAAUUUCAUGAUCUCUUUGUGUGCAAAAUGUAUCUCUCUUUUUAUUUUUGAUUUUUGAAUUUACAUCUCGACGUACUUCUUGGCUUGACGAGUACGUUCGAUUGUGUGCACGAGGAAUGUGCAAAAUGUAUCACACCUCUGUUUCAUUUCAUUCAAUAAAG